GGAAGCGGCGGUGGGGUGUGAGGCGCGAGUUGCGCGGCGAUGGGGGCCCGCGGGCUGGAGGCGGCGGUGGUGGAGCUGGCGCCGGGGGAGGCCCGCGAGAGCAGUACAGAGAGAGGGCAUACAGAUGGUCAGCCUGUGGUGAUCCUUCUCGGCUGGGCAGGCUGCCAGGACAAAUACCUGGCCAAAUACAGUGCAAUCUACAGUCAGAAGGGCUGCACUGUCAUCCGCUACACAGCUCCAUGGAGGAUGAUAUUCUUCUCUGAGACCUUUGGCAUCAAAUCCCUCCAGACCCUCGCCAGGCAACUCCUGGAGCUGCUCUUUGACUACAGUGUUGAAAACAGACCGGUUAUUUUUCAUGUUUUUAGCAAUGGUGGUGUCAUGCUGUACCGUUACAUCAUUGAGUCACUCCACACUCACAAGCCAUUUAAGAACCUUAAAGUAGCAGGCACCAUUUUUGAUAGUGCCCCUGGCAGAAGAAACUUGAGAGGAGGCCUUCGUGCCUUGGCAACUGUCUUGGUAUCCAUGAAUGUGCUGCUCAAGUAUUUCCUCUUAUUUGCUUUUGCUACUACAGCUGUUGUGCUGCGGAUCUUGCUGUACCCAUUGACCCGCUUCAUCCAUGAGAGCCAUUAUGAUGCCCUGCUGAAAGUGCCCUCACGAUGGCCUGAGCUUUACCUCUAUUCCCAAGCUGACACCAUCAUCAAGGCCAGCGAAAUUAAGCACAUGGUUGAUGCCCGGCAACAGCUCGGUGUCUCUGUGAAAGCCGUAGACUUCUCAGAUUCAGCUCACGUCGGCCACAUGCGGGCGUAUCCCACCUAUUACAGCAACCUCUGUACAACUUUCCUGUCUGACUGUGUCAGGGGCUUCUCGCCUCGUUAGUGGUGUUAUGACCUCCAGUGUUUGCCUCUGCUUUGCUCAGCUUGUAUGGGAAAUGUCACCCCCUUUGCCUUUGUGUCUUUGAAGGGAGGAAAAUAGAGACUUCUUAGCUUUCCCUGCCCCCCCACCAGCAAGUCUGAAAGCCUCCAGGCUGGCCUUUGGGCCAGCCAUGUUAUAGCAGCAAGUACAUAUGGAUUAAUUUAAAGUACUGAAGGUGAAAUCCUGGCACGGUUGAAGUUGAUGUGCUUUACCGAGGUGUCAUAGACCAGAAUUUCACAUGGAGUGUUGUGUGUUUCUUCCUGUCUCAUGUUGUUCUCUGCUUUCCAUGUUGUCUUCUUGUCCCUGAUGUCCAGUGCGCAUGUUCUGUUGCUUUGUACUGGUUUUACAAUACAGCUCUUUGUUGUUUUUUUCCUCUCUGCCAUUUCUUUUGUCUUGCAGUGAGCAAACAGAAGCAGCUCUGCAGGACUUCCCUCUUCUCUCGGUGCAUUCCAGCUCUUGUUAUACUCCCUGCUGGAGAUCAGGCCCAGAAGCCAAGUGUAAGACCUGGAAAAAGCUUGUGCAGGGCAGUACAACCAGACUGUCAUCUGGUUCCGUUAAAUAGCUGAGAGAGAUAGAGCAGUCAAAGCUCUGAUCCUUGGUGGGAGCUCAAAUGUUUGUUGAUAACUUUUGUGUUCUUCCACUAAAAUAUUUCAGUUAACCUUU